CUUUUAUGUGCUUUAGUAUAUUAUACAAUAAAACAAUUUCUAAACUUUUCAUUGUAUCCGUUGAAGCGGGUUUAGCCGGUGUAUUAGUGUAUUUUGUGAAUUGAUAGGAUGCACUGAAUUAAUCGGUCUAUAUAUACAGUUACUGUUCGAUGUAUAUUCAUUGAGACGUACUUACAUCUCAUAAUUGACUCGUUAAUAAAUGCAGUGAACCUGGGGUGAAACAUUAAGAUAUGUGUCAUUCAAUCACUUAAUCCAUUUAAUUCAUUUAUGUCUGGUAUUUGUUGGUUGAAUCUUCGAAAAGAUGCUAAACACGUAGUGGAUAUUAUCAAAUAUAACAAGAAUAAAAUAAUAAAAGUGUUAAAAAUGGCAGUAUCUUUGGUCGGUAGUAAAAUUUUGUUAGCAGUAUGCAAUUUUCUAAUGUUGAUAUCAGGUUUUACACUUAUCGUAGGAGGUAUGCUAAUUUUUUUCGACUCUGAACACGUGUUAAUAUCGAAAUUAGUAUCGCCAUCGGGGCCGUUUUCAACGUUCCCUCAUCCUCUUUUGUACUAUGUUUCAAUUGGAGCUUCGUUAAUUGGAUCGUUAAUAGCAUUAGUUGCUAUUUUAGGUUGCUGGGCAUCUUGUUUCCACAAUUAUUAUUUAUUAAGCAUGUAUUUUUGCUUUGUAAUGUUAAUACUCAUAGGGGAAUGUGCCAUUUUUAUAAUAGCGUGGAUAUGGCCUAGUUGUAUGGGUCUAGGUAUAAAUAGCGAAGAAUUGAUAGAUGCUUUGCAAAGAAAUUACGGUAGCGAAAAUCAAGAUCAAUUCACAAACGCUAUAGAUUUAGUACAAGCGUCGUUUCACUGUUGUGGUAUCGAAACGUCUAAUGAAUACGAUGCCUCUUAUUGGAGGUUACAAUCAUUGAGACCUUCACUUUCAGUACCUUUGACGUGCUGUAAAUUAUCGAAUGAUAAUGACACUAAAUCGUAUUUGAAUCCCGAACCUGUCAGUUUAGCUUUAUGUCAAGCUUUGGACACGAACAGACACGAAGGAUUCAGACAUACGAGGGGAUGUCGAAUACCUUUACAACGAUGGUAUAGGGAUCGUUACAUGGCGUUUCUCGGUAUCGGUCUCGUAAUUGUUCUCGUUGAAUUUACUGUACUUUUAAGUUCGAUAGUCACUUGUACGAGAAUAUAUCACCAUAAUCAAGAAGUUGGAGAAAAUUCCAAAAAUUCCGAACGAGACGGCGAUAUCACUUUUGAACGCACUAAUUCUGAUGCUGGAGCUUACAGCAACGAAACGUACGCUCUUACAGGAAAUUAUAAGCAGAAUUAUAGAGUAUCGGAGGCUACAUGAUGUAUUUAUGAGUCAUAAUUAAAGUAUUGAGUAUUAUGAUAAUCGUAAUAUAAUUUUUUUUUCUAUAAAAA